AUGGACUUCUAUCAGAUCAACCUUGCGGUUUUCGCUUCCACCAACGCCUACCUGCUGUACCGUCAGUUUCAAAAGGGCAAGAAAACAGCGCCAGACUUUACGCUGGUGGACCCUACCAGUAUUGAGCAUGCUGAGAAGGAAGAACUCUCAGGAACAGCGCGCAGGUUCCAGAUCAACUACUUUCUCCCGUAUGCGCUUGCGGUUGCGGCGGAUUGGCUUCAGGGCCCUCAUAUCUAUGCGAUUUACAAGUACGAGAAGAACAUCCCAGAACGAACGGUCGCAGCACUCUACGCCGCGGGGUUCGUCUCAGGAGGAAUCAGUGCCUCUUUUGCAGGAGGACUAGCCGACAGGUUCGGCAGGAAGCGAGCAUGUCUGCUAUACUGUGGACUGUACAUUGCUACCUGCCUUUCCAUGUUGAGUGAUGAUCUGCUGAUCUUGUUCCUGGGCCGUCUUUGUGGUGGGGUGUGCACGACUCUACUCUUCAGUGUCUUCGAGGCCUGGAUGAUUUCCGAGUACCAUGCAAGAGGGUUAGAAGGCUCAGGCCUGGACCUCAGCAUGGUCUUUGGCAACAUGACUACCAUCAGCUGCGUAGUUGCCAUCAUGUCUGGCAUCGUGGGCGAUGUUCUGGUCGAGUUCUCUGGGACCAGGACAUGGCCGUUUCUGGCGGCUGCGUUUUGCUGCGUUGCAUCAGCAUAUCUUAUCUCCAUUAUUUGGAAAGAAAAUUAUGGCUCACAGUCAGCAGAGCAGACCUCCAUGGCUGAUCUCAAGAGCGGAGUCUUGGCCAUUGUUCGAGACGCAAAGAUCUUAUCGCUGAGCAUUACAUCAUGCUUCUUUGAAGGCACCAUGUACCUUUUCAUCUUCUUCUGGUCCGCUGCUUUGAAGAGUGCUCGGACACAAUCAGGAUCCGAUGAAGAUCUACCCUUUGGUCUGAUAUUUUCCAGCUUCAUGUGCGCAAUGAUGGCCGGAUCCGCAAUCUUCACUCUGCGCAGUUCCGCCAAUGAUUCGCAGUCCAUGUCGAGCAUGCUCAUGAUCGUCACAUUGCUCGUCAGCUGCUGCUUGUCAUUCUCGGCCGUGGUGCAAAACGAGCAUCUCCUCUUCUGGGCACUGUGUCUGCUAGAGGGCUGCGUGGGCGCAUACUUUCCCAGCAUGGCAUCGCUCAAGAGCGAACUCAUCGAGGACGGCAUCCGCGGACGCGUAUACAGCAUACUGAGGUUUCCUCUCAAUGUCUUUGUCGUCGUCGCGCACAGUCUCGACGAGGAAGGUGACGCACACCGUAAUCAUGUUUUCCUGGUCUGUUCUGCACUUCUCCUCGUCGCUUUCUUGGCUGCACGGAGACAAUUCAACGGCAAAAGUUACUAA